AUGCAGUGGCAUAAAAAAGGCACAACUCCUCCGAAGAAGUUGAAAGUGUCAGAAUCGGCCGAAAAGAUCAUGGCGACUAUCUUUUGGGAUACAGAAGGUAUUUUGCUGAUCGAUUAUAAAGACCGUGGUGUGACUGGACAGAUUGAAAGAAGCUAUCAAGGAAAAAAGAAGAGGAAAGCUGUCAAAAGGUGUGCUCCUUUUGCACGACAAUGCUCCCGUCCACACGUGCCAUCUUGCGACGGCUGCCAUUCACCUAUAAGGAUUACAAGUGUGAUAAAACCGCCCACUGUGCCGUCGACGAUGCCGGUUAGGCAACGCCUCGGGCCGCCUGUGAAUAAGCUUAGACGCAUAGCGCCAGUGAGUGGUGCACUAGCGGCCGCCCGCAGGGACCCGCGACUGGCGCGACUGCGAACCGCCGCGGCGUCCGCGCCAACCGGGCCCGCCGCGGCGCCCGUGGUGGCUCCUGUGAUGCCGCUCAUACCUGUAGUGCCUCAAGUGCCGAUCGCGCCCAACGUAUUCGACAUUAAAUCUCUCGAACAUGUUGCUAAACGCAAAAAUGGGAUCACGAUAGACGUUCGGCCCGACGAGGCGCCGCAGCGCCCGCGCGACCCGCGCCGUCGCGACCCGCGCCGCCGCGACCCGCGCCUCGAGAACCGCGACGACCACCCGCGGAAAGACAAAACUGAUGCUACCGAGAACACGAUCAGUGACUACAUCGAGAAGCUGCCCGAUCCCAAAAAGAUCAACAACCUCCCGCCCAUACCCAAAAUAAAUAGGGGCGAGGAGGCAGACAGGGACUCGCCGGUUCCGAAUAAGAAACGGAAAGGGUUGUGCGCAGAGAGGAAACAGAAGCGGGAGGAAGCCGACGGCAAGAGCGGCUCGAGCGAGUCCUCGCCGGAGAAGAAGUCGCGGAGCAAGGAGCUCAAAAAUUACCACAGAGAACGGCACAUGAGAACGAACAAGGAGAAGUCUGAGAGUGUUGGAAAGAAGAGACGUCGUACUCUCAGUUCCGAAGAUAUAGAUUUGAGAACCGAUAACACAGAUGACUCCGACACAGAGGACCAUAAAAAAACAAUAUCCGGUAAUAACAUGCGCCAAGCUAAAGAACAGUCAAGUAAUGGCCAAUUGGACAAAAGUCCGUAUAAUGCUUUAAUGCGCCAAUUACUGCAGCUGAACGAGAAACUCGAAUUAAAAGAAGCAAAACAGCUGGAGUCAUUAGAAGUGUCCGAAAGGAAACUCAAGUCGCAUACGAUUGAUGAGAAUACGCAUACGAUUGAUGAAGAUAUUGAUGAGAGUACCCCUGUCUUCAUAGAUACCCCAUCAGAUAGUUCAAAUUCGGAGAAUGAUAAAGAAUAUAAUAUAAUUAUGAGAACGAAUACAAACUCCAUGGAUGGAUGCGAUGGUCCCCCGCCUACUGAUGUACAGCCAAUGCCUCCGGCGAUGCCGAUGUUCCCACCAUUCACGCCCAUGUGGAGAGGGCAGCCCAGACCGAGAGUCAAAGUGUACGGACCGCGAAGAUUCCGUGAUCCAGCACAACAGUUCUUUAGAGGAAAAUUCGACAAGAGAGCGAUGAGACCACCGUUCGACCCGCGGCUACCGUUGCCCUUACCGACGCCUACACCUGGCAUGUGCCAGGGAGAGAGCCCUCUCCAGCCGUACGAAAGGACCGUGUCCCCACCUCCUCUCGGCGCGCCAGGAAUUGCCAUCCCACCUACAGAUUUUAGAAUUUUAGAGUACAUAGAUCGAGAUCCUGUUAAAACGAUCCAAAUCGAUGGAGUGCCGAAGGAGAUUAGAUUUUACGGAGAAACAGCUGUCAUCAUGAUGGACUGGGAUGAUCCAAGAGAGAUCAAAUUCUUGCCCGGCUGCAGAAGAGUUAGAUUCGAUAAUAAGGAUUCCGUAGUAUUAUCUUUCAAUGAAGGCUACAAACAAGUGGAGAUCGACGGUCAAGUGUUUAACAUUCGGUUUGGGGCGCCGACGAGGGAGCUUUAUAUAAAUGGCAGAUGGUACGAAUGCAUUUUUGGUGGUCAGCCUAUCGGCACGAUCAUCGAUGGGAGACCUAGAUUAGUGCAAUUAGAAGGGCCGCCUCCCCAAGUUGAUAUCGGAAAGACUAAACGCACAGAUCUAGUUGCUGGCAAAAUCAAUGUCAUCGUGAACGCCACACAGAGGUGUCCCGUCUACCUCGAUGCUAAAGUACAAAAGUUCUUCAUCAAUAGACACGUGCUCACGAUACGCUUCGUGGAUUCGUUGAGAACUGUUCUAAUAAACGAGCAACCGUUUAAACUGGAGUUUGACGGUUUACCUAAACCGAUAUCGAUAGGCAAUGAAAAGUUUUUCAUUAGAUUUUCGGCACUCCCUAGUCACAUAAAGGCUGGUCACAUAGAAAUAGCAAAUAUGGAAGGCACGAGAAUGGAACCGGUCAUGCAGCCGACACUCGGCUUUAACAGUGACAGUAAUACACAAGGUGUAGCCAUGUUAGCGAGUGCCACGCCUUCAACAAUGGCACCCGCGUCUGCUUCAGAGUACAGUUCAGCUGAGCCGAUGUUUCCAAUCCUGGCCAACAUAAAUGUGAAUGAUUUGUUUGCUAAACUGGUUGCCAGUGGCAUAGUGCAGGUCAACAACGAAUUAAAAACUGAACCCAAGGAAGAGGUGAAAGAAGAGGCCAAACCGAAGGCAAAAGAGGAUAAGAAUGUCAUCCAUAAAGUUGAUUUGCUGAGAAGUGAAACUUUGAAAGUGAAGCAGGAGGCGCUGGUGGCACGGCUGUACGGCGGCAUGCAGUGCUCGGGCUGCGACGUGCGCUUCCCGCCCGAGCACACGGUGCGCUACUCGCAGCACCUCGACUGGCACUUCCGCCAGAACCGCCGCGACCGCGACUCGGUCCGCCGCGCGCAUUCGCGCCCCUGGUACUACGACCACUCCGACUGGCUGCACUAUGAGGAGAUCGAGGACCUCGAGAACAGAGAAAAAAACUGGUUCGAGACUGUUGGGGCGGCGGGCAAGGGUAUGGCGGAGGCGGCGGCCGAGGCGCCCAGCGUGGCGGCCGGCGCGCUGAUUAACCAGCACUGCGCCGUCUGCGGCGACCGCUUCCAGCAGUUCUACAACGAGGACAAGGAGGAAUGGCAUCUGAGGAACUCGCUGCGCCACGACGACGACUUUUACCACCCGCAGUGCUUCGACGACUACAAGGCAUCGUUAACCAAAGAGAAGCCACUCCGAGAGUCGUCCAUCGAGAUCGAGGACGUGGACGACGUAAUGUCGCAGUCGGACAACGAGUCUGUUGUGGAGGUCGUUAAAACUGACGACAGGAACACUCAACCCGUAGAGACGGUGGCUAUGCCCCAGCCGAUGGAGGACGACGGCGACGAGGAUGACGUAGUGUUUGAGGCCCAGUCGGUGGAGCAAGUGGACGUGGAGGACGACGCCGACACCGACGACGAGACGGUCGAGCAGCGCCGUCAGCGGGACGUACUCGCCGCCAUCGACAUGGCCAACGUACGCGUCAAGAUUGAACCUAUCGACCCUGACGAUGAGCCAAUAAUAACAGCAGAGGAGACCAUCCCCACCGCAGUCGAUACCACACACGUAACAGUGCUGUCCUCUAUCGACGGGAACGUGCAACUCGAGGCGAUUCCCGCGCCAGUCACCUCGCGCAGCAUACGUAUAAAUAUAUCUAAGUCGAUACCCUCUUUUGUGAGUAAUGUACAGGAAAAUAAAAUGCUCGAAGAGAUAAACAUGGAUGAUGAGCCUCUGCCUCCUGGCGAAGAACCACAGUUGUCGUACAAGCUGAAACCGACGCUGGAAAAUGUACAAUUCAGUAGGCAACCACCCGCGAAUAAAGGCAAUGAACUGUCCGGACUCUGUUCUAUUAUGUGAAUAUGUUGUGAUAAACAAGUUUUAUUAGCAGUGUGAAAUGAACGAUUCCCUGGUUAUGAAGUGUUCGUGAAACUUUUUCGUUCGUGAUUUUGAUAAUUUUUCUGCAUUUGAAUAGAGUUCACUCCUGUGUUGGUCCUAUAUAAUUAUUAGUGAUUUGCUCAACGACUAAAGUAGCCAUGUUUCAGAAUAAAAUGAAAGUUGUAAAAUUAAAAACAUCAAUUUGUUUAUAAAAAAUCUCCAUUGGCGUUAUUUUUAAUAGAAAAAUUAUACUCGUAUUGAAACGGUCAAUUGUGUAAGCAGCUCUAUAGAUGAGGUGUGAUGGUCUUUAGGCAAGUUAUUGACUAAAUUGCAUAAUAAAUAUAUAGGAUAUACUAAGAUUCAAUCGUUUGCAUCGCAUGGUCGUCUCACAUAUAAUUCGCCCUACGAUCAGUCCGAGGUGAUUAGAUGAACUAGGUUUCAACAUUUAACAAGUUGCUAACUGCAACUUUGUAACAGCAAACUUUGCACAAUGAUUUCGAAAAUAUAUAUAUAAUUAGUAACAGUCAUACUACUUGAACUGGAUCUUAUAGAGCACAAGUCUUGCAAAUAAAAAUUUUACAAAAAUGUACUUAUCAUCCUCUAAAUUUAACUUACUAUUCAAUUAUUACUUGCUUUCCUUUAGAGGUUCCUUCUAUUUCUUUGUACU